UGGAUGCCAUGCACCACACACAUUAUACAUUAAAAUUCUAAACAUUAUUAUUAUUGUGACAGCAUAAUGAUGAGGUGUUUUACUCUCUUGUUGCUUCUUCUUCUUCUUCUUCAUACUCCAUCUUCCGCUUGCUCAUCGGUGUUGCCCCUAUGCAACCACCAUGACAACUCAAACUUGCUCCAAUUCAAGAACUCAUUUGCCAUCAAACCUUCAUCGUACAAUUAUUGGGCGUGCUCCUCUUCUUAUUCCAACCGCAACAAGACAGCGUCAUGGAGCAAUGGUACGGAUUGUUGCGAGUGGGAUGGUGUCACGUGCGACACCACAUCAGGUCACGUGAUUGGGCUUGAUCUGAGUUGCAGCAUGCUUGAAGGCGAGUUUCAUCCCAACAGCACACUCUUCCAUCUCACCCAUCUUCAACAACUCAACCUUGCCUUCAAUCACUUCUCCAACUCUCCAAUAUAUCCUGGAAUUGGUAAUCUUGUGAGUCUCACCCAUCUCAAUCUAUCAUACUCAUCAUUUGUAGGUCAUAUUCCGUCCACAAUCUCACACUUGUCUAAAUUACUCUCACUUGAUCUCUCGUCGUAUGAUCAUGAACUGACACUUGAUGAAUCCACAUGGAGCAGACUCAUUGGUAACACCACUAACUUGAAAGAGCUAGUUCUAGAUGAGGUAGACAUGUCUUCUAUCAGAGAAACUUCAUUGUCUUUGCUGAUGAAUUUGUCAUCCUCUUUGUUGAUUCUGAGUCUUGAUGACACUGGAUUGCAUGGAAAAUUUCCAACUCGUAUAUUUGGUUUAACUAAUCUUGAAAAACUAAGUUUGUAUGGCAAUCAUGAGCUGAAAGGUGAACUUCCAAAGUCCAAUUGGAGCACUCCUCUCAGGAUCUUGGACCUCUCUUGGACAGCUUUCUCGGAAGAAAUACCUGAUUCCAUUUCCCAUUUGAAGUCUCUUAACCAACUAAGGCUAUGGCAUUGCCAAUUUGAUGGAUUAAUUCCUGUGUCUUUGUGUCUUUCAGGAAAUAGACUUCAUGGUGAGAUUCCAUCUUUGCUUUCAAACCUCAAACAUCUCACCGACUUAGAUCUUAGUGGUAAUACGUUCAGAUGUCACAUCCCAGAUGUGUUCGACAACUUCACUAAAUUAGAUACCUUGCAACUUUCUUCUAACAGUCUAGGAGGUCAAGUACCGCCAUCAUUGUUUCGUCUAACCCAACUUUCUGUUUUAGAUUUGUCAUAUAAUAAACUAGGAGGUCAGCUGCCACCAUCAUUAUUUGAUCUAACUCAACUUUCUUACUUACGUCUGUCUUCUAAUCAAUUAAUCGGCCCAAUUCCAAGCAAAAAUGCCACACUUCCAAAACUAGAAACACUAGAUUUGGGUAAUAACUCUAUAAAUGGGACAAUUCCAGACUGGUGCUAUUCUUUGUCUUCAUUGAAAUACCUAGAUCUUAGCAUGAACCAGCUCACAGGGCCAAUUAGCAAAUUCUCCACUUAUUCAUUGGAAAAUUUAGUUCUCUCUAAUAACAAAUUUCAAGGUGAUUUUCCAAAUUCGAUCUUUGAAUUUCUAAAAAACCUCACUCGUUUGGAUGUGUCAUCUAAUUACUUGAGUGGUCUUUUGGACUUUUCUUAUUUUUCAAAGUUGGAAAAAUUAAAUUUUCUUGAUCUUUCUAACAAUAAAUUUCUCUCUGUUGAUAGUAAUAGUAGGGUGGACUACGUCUUACCGCAACUUGAAUAUUUAACUUUCUCUUCUUGUAGUGUUACUGUUUUUCCUUCAUUCCUACUUAGACUACAAAAUCUAGGAAGUUUAGAUCUUUCUAACAAUAAAAUCCAUGGAAAGAUUCCCAAUUGGUUUAGUGAUAAUCUCUUGCACACAUGGACAAGCAUGUUCUUUAUUGACCUCAGUUUCAACCAGCUGCAAGGAGAUCUUCCAAUUCCACCAAAUGGCAUCAAUUACUUUGCAGUUUCAAACAACAACUUCACAGGAGGCAUUUCUUCAACAAUAUGCAAUGCAAGCUCCCUCAAUGCGCUAAUCCUGUCUCACAACAAUUUGACUGGCAAUAUUCCACAAUGUUUGGGAUCCUUUCCUUUGCUUCAGGUUUUGGAUUUGCAAAUCAACAACUUUCAUGGAAGCAUACCUGGAAACUUCUCCAAGAAUAAUGCUUUUGAGACGAUAAAGUUGAAUGGCAACCAAUUAGAGGGACCAAUACCACAAUCGUUGGCAAAUUGCACAAAACUGGAAGUUCUAGACCUGAGUGACAAUAACAUAGAAGAUGUAUUUCCCAGUAGGCUAGAAGCUCUUCAGGAAUUACAGGUACUCAGUUUACGAAAUAACAAAUUUCAUGGUACCAUCACUUGUUUGAGUAGGAAGCACCCAUUUCCAAAGUUGAGAAUUUUUGAUGUGUCUAAUAACAAGUUUAGUGGUCCUUUGCCAAUGCAAUACUUUGAAGAGUUUCAAGGAAUGAUGACUCUGAAUGAUAAUACUCAAGCUGAUGGGUUGGAGUAUAUGAGCAACCAUGAUAAUAUACGAUAUAAUGACUCUGUUGUGAUCAUUAUGAAAGGUCAAGUGAGAGAAAUGAAAAGGAUAUUAACUAUUUUCACAACCAUAGAUUUGUCAAAUAACUUGUUUGAAGGAAAAAUUCCACAAAUUCUUGGAGAAUUGAAUUUUCUCAGAGGGCUUAACCUUUCUCACAAUAAAAUCAGUGGUAACAUUCCAAAAACUUUAGGUAAUUUGACGAGUUUAGAAUGGUUAGACCUCUCAUGCAACCAACUGAAAGGUGAAAUACCUAUGUCUUUGACAAAUUUGAAUUUUCUAUCUGUCUUGAACCUUUCGGAAAACCAGUUGGAGGGAGUGAUACCAACAGGAAAACAGUUCAAUACAUUCCAAAAUGAUUCCUACAGAGGAAACCCAAUGCUUUGUGGAUUCCCUUUGUCAAAGUCAUGCAGCAAUGAUGAAGAACAACCACCUUCAGUGUUUCCCGAGGCAAAAGAAUCAUUAUUUGGGUGGAAGCAAGUAGUAGUGGGAUAUGGAUGUGGAGUGGUGUUUGGGAUGUUCCUUGGAAGGUUGUUUAUAAAGACAGCGAAACCCUUGUGGCUUGCCAGACUUAUUUGUGGCUAUACUUAACAAAACAUGCACAGCAGAUCAGAGUUCAUGCAAAUUGUGUGAGACUGUGUUAGCUUCUUGUGUUUUUCUUCUUCUUUUUUUUUUU